GAUUGGUCCCAAAACAAAAGUACACAUCUCCCAACAGAUAAAAAUUGCAAACCAAAGUACUAACCACUGAUUCUCAUUAAUAAAAAAGAAAAAAAAAAGUGCCAAACCACUAAUUGAGCAUGGGGCGGCGAGAGAAAUUAUUGUUUUACUCUCUCUCUCUCUCUCUCACUACACGUUCUGAUCUAACAAUCACUUUAUCACUCUCUUUUGGGACUUUCGUCGAACACAUUGAAAGCACUUUGAGAAGAGAAAGACAGAGAGGGAGAUAGAACGAUGUCGCUUCGACCCAGUUCGCGGACGGAGGUGAGGAAGAAAUCCUACAAGAGCGGUGUGGAUGGGGACGAAGCUAGGAGGAGGAGAGAGGACAAUUUGGUGGAGAUCAGGAAGAGCAAGAGAGAAGAUAGCCUUCUCAAGAAAAGAAGAGAAGGCCUUCUUCUUCUUCAAUCUCAGCAAAGCAAUGAAAGGGGAACCCCAUCUGCCAGUGCUUCUGUGAUCCAACAAAAGUUGGAAAGUUUACCUGUGAUGGUACAAGGAGUACAAUCCAAUGAUCCAGCAUCACAAUUGGAAGCGACCACUCAAUUCAGAAAGCUCUUAUCCAUUGAGCGCUGCCCUCCAAUUGAGGAGGUGAUCAAAGCGGGUGUUGUUCCACGAUUUGUAGAGUUUCUUGAUAGGCAUGAUCUGCCUCAAUUGCAAUUUGAGGCAGCCUGGGCAUUAACCAAUAUUGCAUCUGGGACAUCAGAGCAUACUCAAGUUGUAAUCAAGCAUGGUGCUGUUCCCAAGUUUGUGCAACUUCUUGGUACUUCGAGUGAUGAUGCUAGAGAACAGGCUGUCUGGGCUUUGGGUAAUGUUGCUGGUGAUUCACCAAGUUGUAGAGAUCUUGUUCUAAGUCAUGGUGCUCUUAUGCCAUUAUUGGCACAGCUGAAUGAGCAUGCGAAACUAUCUAUGCUAAGAAAUGCUACUUGGACUUUGUCUAACUUCUGCCGUGGCAAACCAGCUGCACCAUUUGAGCAGGUUAAGCCUGCAUUGCCAGCCCUUCGGCACCUCAUCUUCUCAAGUGAUGAAGAAGUCUUAACUGAUGCUUGCUGGGCGCUCUCUUAUCUUUCUGAUGGCACAAACGACAAAAUUCAGGCUGUGAUUGAGGCAGGCGUUUGUCCAAGACUUGUGGAGCUUCUGGUACAUCCGCAACAAACAGUAAUAAUACCUGCUCUUCGGACUGUAGGCAACAUUGUCACGGGUGAUGAUCCUCAGACUCAGGUUGUAAUCGACAAUCAAGGGCUUCCUUUACUCUACCAACUACUAACACAUAAUUACAAGAAGAGCAUCAAGAAAGAAGCUUGUUGGACUAUUUCAAAUAUCACUGCUGGUAAUAGAAGUCAAAUACAGGUUAUUAUUGAGGCAAACAUCAUUGCUCCUCUUGUGAACUUGCUUCAACAUGCUGAAUUUGAGGUCAAGAAGGAGGCUGCAUGGGCUAUUUCAAAUGCCACCUCUGGGGGUUCACGAGAACAGAUUCAAUAUUUGGUGAACCAAGGUUGUAUUAAGCCACUCUGUGAUCUUCUACUAUGCCCUGACCCAAGAAUUGUAACAGUGUGCCUCGAGGGGCUAGAGAACAUUUUAAAGAUUGGUGAGGCCGACAAAGAGUCAGGCAAUAGUGUAGUUAAUGUCUAUGCAGAGAUAAUUGAUGAAUGUGAUGGAUUGGAUAAAUUAGAGAACCUACAAAGCCAUGACAACAAUGAGAUAUAUGAGAAGGCUGUGAAGAUUCUUGAGAGGUAUUGGGUUGAGGAGGAAGAAGAAGAGCACAAUGUCCAAGAUGGUACCAACCAAGACUUCAAUUUUCAUACUAGGCACCCUAACCCUCCUCCUGGGGGCUUCAAAUUUGGUUGAAAGCUGAAACUGUAUUUGCCUUUGUUAUUGAGAUAAGAUAACACGUGCUUUUGCAUCUAUCUGGGAUAUGUAGGGCUUUGAGGAUCAGUUUUUAAGGUCUGACCCUUGGGUUCUAUGGAUGUAAUAUCAAUUACUGUUGUAAUCAUUUAACUUGUGGGCUUGUGGCUUUGUUCCAAUACGCCUUCUAUCCCAUAAUAGCUAAUUCGCCUCCAA